GACAGAAUGGUGUGGCAAUAUAGCCCACAUAUAUAGCGUGUCAUAUAACAAGGCGCGGCACAUACAUAUACCUAAACAUAUAUACGAAAAUUCUCGCUCACGGGGACGCAGGCGCCGGACGCCAACACCUGAUUUUCUGCGACCCGGGGCCCUUAACGCAGUCGCGUUAAAAACUGCCGAGUUGACUACAAGCAAGACUCCAGCUUGCCUCUCCUUACUUUCCUCCCUACAUCACGGGACUGAUGAAAAGGUCGCUCAACUAAGAAGCAGCGCACAUGUUUACACCAACGCGACCUAGCUCACACGCGACAAUGACGAAUGACCUCAAUUUUGUGUCAGAUACGUUAUCUACGCGUCGCUAUCGUGGGAGUCGGUGUCUCCUUUUUCUUCAAGUGCGCUCCUCUCGGCGCCGCGGGAAUUCCUGUUCUCCGGGUGCGCAGCUAGAAGCGGAGCUGCUUUCCCACUCAGUACUGGAACUGCGCAGCCCUGCGUGUGAAAUCGUGACGUUUGCGCGUCAACCACUGUGGCUGAGUCCACAUACACGACUGUGAGCUAUUACAGCGCCUAUAGGACACAGCCAUGCAGGGACUCCUCUGGAAGUGUCUCAUCACAGGCUUGGUGGCUUGUCUCGGCGCACUCCUUCUGCAGCACCUGUGGGGCGUGAUCAAGAGGUGCCUGCGGAAGGACCUGCCGCCGGGGCCGUACGGUUUGCCACUGCUCGGGUACUUGCCCUUCAUGCCCAAGGACCACCAUGGCGUAGAGGCUUUCAAGAAGAAAUACGGCAACGUAUUUGGGCUUCACCUGGGCAGCCGAUACGUGGUUUUUCUGUGCGACUUCGGAUCCGUGAAAGAAGCAUUUUCGCAGGACGCUCUUCUCAACAGACCAGAAGAAUUUCCCUUUAAGAUCCACGAGCAGUCACAAGGCCUUCUUUUAAUCAAUGGGCCACUGUGGAAGCUGCAGCGUCGAUUUUCGCUGAAAGUCUUCAAAAAUCUGGGCGUCGCCACACCCGUCAUGGAGGGACAUAUACGCAAGGAGCUGUCGUACUUGAUCCGCGAGCUGGAAUCCCUCGAGUGUAAGCCCGUGGUUCCCACGGCCCUGUUGACGCCCAGCACGUCCAACAUCAUCUCGGCGCUGGUGUUCGGCCGGCGGUUCGAAUACGACGACCCCGAGCGCAUUUACCUGGACGAACUGAUCGAAGUCAUCCCAGCACUGGCUGCACAGGCGGCGGCCAUCAACUUCUUUCCCUGGCUUCGUAAGCUGCUCGUCUUCUUCCGUGUGGGCGCAUGCAAGCGGCUAAAGGACGCCCUGGCCCGCAGAGAAGAUUUUGCCGACUCCAAGAUCAACGAACAUCUGGACACGUACAAGGAUGGCUUGGUCCGAGACUACAUCGACGGCUUUCUCAGCGAGAUGAAGCAGCAGCGAAACGGAGGUUUCACUCGCAACCUUCUCAGGGGCAACGUAGCGACCUUCUUCGGUGCCGGCAGCGAGACGGUUCGCUCCGCCAUCGAGUGGUUGCUGCUCACGUGUGCCGCCAAGCCGGAGCUGCAACGCCGCAUCCACGCCGAGAUCGAUGCCGUGCUCGAGGGUGACCAGAGCUCGAACGUCUCGUGGAGUGACCGCAGCCGGAUGCCCUACACGCAAGCGUUCAUAUGGGAGACGAUGCGCUACAAGCCGGUCGUCCCGCUUAACAUAAUGCGAUAUGCCGACGCAGAUGUCAAGGCGGGAAACUUCGUUAUACCCCGCGGCAGCAUUGUGAUCGCCUCCAUAUGGUCCAUCUUCCACGACAAGUCCUUCUGGGGAGAUCCGGAAGACUUCCGGCCGGAGCGCUUCCUUAUCGACGGAGAGACGCGACCGCUGAAACCAGAGCAAUUCAUCCCUUUCUCUUACGGCAAGCGCUCAUGCACCGGUGAAGUGAUCGCCAACAUGGAAGAGUUCAUCUACUUCACCACCAUCCUGCAGCACUUCACGGUCGAGGCGCCACCUGACGGCCCGAGUCUCGUCUUUGAUGAAAUCACCGGCCUCUCCAUUCGACCCAAGCCCCAAGCAAUCGUUUUCCGGCCGCGACGGGUACGCGGUUGAGCACACCACAAGUUGAACCUUUGAACCUGCUGCUCGACAGUGUCGGAGCUGAGGAUAAAGCGGCAUGCUCGUGAUGCUGGUGUGAGAACUCGUUACAUGACCAAAUCUGCGAUGAAACCAACGUCGUUUUAUUGUUAAUGUCAUUUUUUCCGUUAGCUUUUGACGCGGAUAUCAAUUUUCUUUUACGAGUGCCACUUCGUAAUUUUUCCCCCGACAUUUUUUUUUCUUUGAUCCCUAGAGAUGACGUAACAGCAACGAUAUGUAAUAGAUGCAGCCGCUGUACAGCAAACCCUUGACUCACGGUGCACACAUAUGGGCACGCGACUUGUUUUUAUCAGUUCUGUCCAAUGAUGGCAACGAAAAGUAAGGCACCACAAUGUUUGAUGGUAUGUUCGUCGUGCCGCGUUCUAUCAGCAAUGACGAAAGUAGCUUUAAUGCGACAUUCUUAGGAUAUUUCACGACAUUCCCGUUAUCUAUCUAUCUGUCUGUCUGUCUGUCUGUCUGUCUGUCUGUCUGUCUGUCUGUCUGUCUGUCUGUCUAGCUAGCUAGCUAGCUAGCUAGCUAGCUACAGGUCUCCCCGUUUUCUUUUCCCGGCGUGUUAAAAGAGCGCGGCUGCAGUAAGUCCCCUACAUGACGCGUUUCGCCGGUGGCAAUACGUUGUCCAUACAUUGCUUCAAUGCGAAUCACAUUGACAUCGACAGUCAUCCUGGGAUGUGUUUUUUUGCCGGAAUUUUCUGCCUUUCUCGUUAUGCCUGCAAGUUGUGCAUACGCUUUGGCCCGGAGGUCAGUCCUUUAAGAUUUGAGCGCAACUGUAUACGUGUUUUGAUUUCGCGAUGUAUUGAGGCAUCACACAGAUCACCGCACCGACUGGCAGAGCCACGGUCGACGCGCGGCGCCAUAGAACGGCCGCACAGUUGCCGCUUCCGGGCAACCGCAGGUUAUGCAACCGAAAACCUUGCGUCGAACUCUAUGAGCCGCACGGUUCGCAAAGGCGAGCUUUCUUGUUGUUGUUGUUCUUUUUCGCCUGCACGGCUUGUGCCGCCGCUGCCGCGGACGCAUAAAGUGCUCGAUGCUCAGACGUGAGCGCUAACUGGUAGCGCUUCAAAGUGGCUUCCUCUAAAGCACCUUCAUAAUUUGAAAGUAGCGACACUCUCCUCUCCGCGGCGCUUUCCUCCUCAAUUCUCCUCGAGCGCCAGCUGCGCGCGCUGCGCACGGCACGCUUUUUCUCCUUGACUCCCGCGGACGGACUGCAGUAUUCGAUGGAGGCGCAUGAUUUUGGACCAGUUGCGCGCCCCAGUGAUGUAGAAAUUUUUGAAAAACGGUGAUAACAGCGUCGAAAAUGCUGAAGGUAACGUUUAUGAAGAGGUUGUUUCUUCUUAAAGCUGUCUGAAUGAGGCAUACUGGUGUAAAAGGAGCUUUAAGGCGAGGGCUGUACUCCAGACAUUUGUUCCUACCACAUGAUAAUAACAUGCUUUACUUUCUGCAUCUGAUCGAGUAUUGCUUGUGGCACAUCCCUCUGUUUGUGGUAAUUUUUUCUUGCCUGUUCGCGCAUGUGCACCACAGGUAUUAUAUUCAGCGUGCUUUGUCAUAAUAAAUUAGUCGCGAGGGCGUCGUCCGUCCAUGUGUUUGUCUUAUCAAUGUGAAAGUAGCUUUGUGAAGGAGCUAUAUAGCUCAAUGUGAGAAUGAAUAUGACGGUUUUGCAAUUUCAGUGCGAGCAAGCGUGUGCGAUUAUUCGAGCACCCGCUGCACAUUGCCUGUAUCCGUGAGAAAACUAAAUAGUAAUCGCCACCCACUCAUGCAUUCGUAGCAGCCAAUUUCAAAGCAAAUUCAAGACCUGAAAUAAAUGCAGAAACCACACUGGAGUUGUCUAGGUAUGCGUGAGCAUACCCCCAAAUUUCAGUUGGCCCACCCCCAAAUUUCAAGUUGUCCUACACCCAAAUUUAGGUUUGCCUGCAUCCACAUUUCAAGUUGGCCCAUCCCCAGAUUUCAACUUGGCCGACCCCGAAAUUUAAGUUCGCCCAUCCCCAGGUUUCAACUUGGCUUAUCCCCAAGUUCAAGUUGGCCCACCCCCAAAUUUUAGAUGGCCGACCUCCAAACUUCUAGUUGACUCAACCCCAAAGUUUCAGUUCGCACAACCUACUAUAAGCUUCCCCAUGCAUUUUCUAAGGAGCCCUAUGUAUCUCUAUGUGUAUUUCUUUAUUUACUUUUCGAGCGUUAAAAUUGUUCCUUAUAGCUAAUGAAAUGAAAUGAAAUAAUAUAUAUAUAUACACUAUUAUAAUGAUUAUGACUAAAGUUUGCAAAUUAUGCAUUUUUGUACAAAUACAAGGCAUUAAACUUUUUGCUGGA